CGCAGACCAAAAAAAAAAUUAACGUCUAGGACGAACCACUUCCCUCGGACUAUGUUCGAUUUGUGCUGACGCGGUGGCAUCGAGGAUCUUGGGGAAACCGGUACUUUACGAUCUGACUCGUCUCAUCCGAGAUGCCUUCAGUCGCGGAGCGCCCGCGCUCCUCACAGGAAGCUUUACUCUGCCUCGAAAAAGGCACCGCGUCUCCGACCACACAGCUUGACGAAGCCGCUCAGAUCAUCGGCCUGGAUCUUGCCCUAUGUGCGAGUCACCCUGAAAUCAACCGAACCCCUCAUGUUCAGAAUAACGCCGCGCCGAAGGAGGAAUGGGUGCUCCGAUGGUUACUGAAAAAAUUGCGGGCGGGCAAGAACUAUCGCGUCGACUCUACCUCUUUUCUCCUACUCCGACAGUUGAUCGACCUAAUCCCGCCAAAGACCCUGGCUACGACUCUGAAGGACCAAAAAUUCCUCGCUAUUUUCAAUCAAGCUAUUGCCGACCUGGAGGAGGAUGUAUUCGCAGCGCUGAAGACGGGAACGACUGAUUUACUGCCCUCCGAUUCGGAUUCAAGUCAUACCUUGAGCGAUUCUCCGCACCGCAAUGGCGAUUACGAUAAGAAGGGAACGAAGAGAAAAAGGGCCGGCGAUGAUGAGGCAGACACUAUGGAUGUUGAUGACCAGCCGCGCACGCCGAUUUCGUGUUUCUUGGCUUUUAUUCGCGCACUGGAUUGCCUGUAUAGCUUGAUCAUGCUGGCGAAUCGGACUCUUGGGGUAGAUGAGGUCGCUAGCUCCCAUUUGAAGCACGCUUUGAAGGGUGAGCCAGAGCCAAACGCGGUGACGCUGCAAAAGUCUUUCCGACUGGCUGCCGUGAUUUCGACGCAAUUUUCCCAUGCGCGCAAGACGACGGACUUACAGCACCUCCUAUACGUGUUUCCUGCGGUCUUGGAGCUGUGGGAACUGAGGUCCUCUCGCCGUGAUGACUCAGAUAAGGGACUGAGUAAUGAGUGCUUUGCGAAACAUUGUUUCCAGAGCGCACUCAGACUUCAGGUCUCUGUUCGAUCGAUCCGACUUGACACCGAUGAGAGGGCUCACGUACUGCAUGGGGUGGAGCGCUUGAUCGCUCUGCAUGUGGUCAUACCGACACGCGGUGGAUUCUACGAGCGAGGAGGUGCAGGUAUCGACUAUUCAGCUAGUGAACCGGAUUGGACUCCGGUUAAACCUAUCUCUGAUACACUUAGACCUAUCCUCUGCAAACCAGAAUGCCCGGCAGAGACUGCAGAUGAGACCACUGUACAGAAGAAAAUCAUGUGGAAGACAGCAGAAUUGCUCCCGGAGUUUUUCGAUAUCGCGGUUCGUUCUGUGCCAAGGGACACUUUCCGGAGACAGACACACGAGGCGCCGUGGCUGGAGACUCUGUUUGUUGCUAUUGCAGAGCUGGCAUUCUCAAUUGUUAAGUCUGAGAAUACAACCACCUACCUUCCCGAGUUCGUCGGCAUUUUGGAGCGUCUCUUCCGUGUGGUUCUUGUCCGUAACGUGCAGUUGUCUCUACAUACGUUGCUCACCCACGCUUCCUACACCGGGCUCCUCAAGGAUGGCUUGUCGCAGAUCGAAUGGAAUCUUACAUCGCUGCUUGUUGAGCUCGGUGUUGAUAUCUUCCUCCCUAAUUCUGGUCUCAGUGACUCGACAAAAUUGCUGAAGGCUCUGCUGGGGAAGAUCUUCUUGCAUUGGCGCAGCGGUACGCCCCAAAGUGACGGCAGCUAUGACACCAUUAAAAACGGCAUUGUUAUACCUCUGCUACGUGGUUUCGUGGCCGCUCGAGAUUUGCCCACCUUCAUGGAGUAUUGGUACGAGCAGCUCAUCGAGGUUGAAGAGGCACGGUCGCAAAACAAAAAUCUGGAGUCCUUUAUUGUUUGGGAGGAUGAUGACGUGUGCAAUGCAUAUGGCGAUGUAAUGCGAAGUCCCCUCACUCACACAUUUGCGGCUGCGCAACUCAAGGCAGCUGCGGUGGAAAUUAGGAGCGAGGAUGGGAAGAUUGCCGACGCGCCCGGAGCCUACGCCCAGUUCGUGAUCUUAGAGUCUGGCUUCAGAUACCGUGAUUUGAGCUUCGCGGAUAAGAACGAAUCUCUUAGCUCUGUCAUCCAGACCGCGGCAUCAACGUUGUCGUCAAAGCAAAAGCUGCAUUGGCGAUGGCGGCUGUGGCGACUCGCUCGAAACCUCUUAGAGAAUAAUGUCCAAUCCACCGACAAUGAUCUCGGGGUUGCGAUUAUGAAUCUGGUCGAGACAGGUGCAGCGACCAUUCGGCGUCACCAUAAGGACCGGCUGCAGAAACCUUGGUCACCCUUGGAAUGUUUCGAGGCGUAUCAAUUUACCCUUGCCGCCGUCAAGGGGUCUUUGAACAAUGAUCAGUUCAAAUCACUUACCAGCCAAAUAACAGAGCUGGUCAAGUCAAUCUCCGACAAAGAUGCUUCGGACGCAAUUGUCUCACCCUGGAACGGGCGUAUCGAGACUCUGAAUAGGCCGGAUACUCUUGCCCUGGCGUAUUUCCUGACACUUGUCAGGAGUCCGGACGUCUGGGAUCGGGUUGAGCCUGAAACUAGACGCUCUUUGUUUGGCCAUAUCCUUUCUUUGGCAACAUCUCAGUACAAGUCUUCACCAUCGGCUUUGGAGACUGUUAGCCCUGAACUCAGAUACCUUCAGGCCUGGGCUGGCGUUGUCUGCCAUGAGUAUUUGCUCAACGCUCCGGCCAUCGCGUCUGAUCUGAUCUCCGUGCUCUCGAGCCGGGUCAAGGAGGACAUCACGAACCGCAAACUCUAUGUUGAGAGCUUGCAGAGGAUUCCUGCCCCGCUUGUCGUGCGCCGGCAGAGAGCGAUUUUGCUGGAUCUCUUGCAGGAGGUUAUUGUCCAGGAAGACAGCACGCCCGAAGUCACUGUUGGAAUGCUGUCAUUGAUGGCCAAGCUGGCCGAUAUGCCUAAAUCUGCCGCAGCCGUCACCAGCAAUUGGGAACCGGUCUGGACGAUUGCGAAGGCAGUCACCUUGCAGGGAAGCGAGGUUGAUCUUCAAAUCAUGAAGGCCUUCCGCAAUCUGCACAGAGCAGUCAUAGCUAAGCUGCUUGUUCUGUCCGACGAAGAGCGUCACAAGCUUUUCAAGAAGAUGUACCGCAAGGUCUCAUCUAAGGCAUCGAAAUUACAGACUCUUGACCGUGACUCCAUGGACUGCUUCUAUCUUAGGAUCUCUCUGUCUCAGCUGUGGCACCACCGUAAGCAGCUGGAAAAUGUCUUCGAAGAGACGGAUCUUGCUGCUUGCCGCCAGAAGGUUUUCGACCUGGUGGUUGCGGAAGUUAAGUCUGUCAAGGAUCAGUGCAAGAAACAGCAGCUGGAAGAGACGAUCACCCUGAUCAAGAUCAUUGAUGCGCUGGAAGACUUUGAGGAUCUUGCCACGGACCAUGCCGAGGUCGAAAAGUUCCUGUCAAAAAUCGAAAGCUACGUGGAGAAGUCGGUUGAUUCGGGCUCCUCACUGAGAAGACUCAUAAGACGUCGAGUCCUGGCCGGUCGCGGCUCUGAAAAGAGUAUUACACAACCUGUGAUUCAAUGUGCCGAGGCCCUCCCGCUGCAGCACAUGUACAGCGAGGAACAGCGGCUCUUCAUCCGGUCCACCUCUGGAAGGUUUCAGUCCAUGUCCGUGGAAGAGCUGACUCGAGUCAUCCAAGACGUGCGGCAGUUAGGCUUUGUUGGCGAGAAUGCGGAGUACCAUCUGCUCAUUGCCGGGUUGGCUAUUGCCUCGUUGCCUCCAAUCGAGGACAAAGAGAGCCUCACGGCCCAAGAACUAUCGUUGGUUUGCACCGCAGUGACCGAAUCUCUACCCCGCAACAAAUCCAUCGAGCAGUUUACACUUGCGACCGAAUGCCUCGACAUUCUCCUCCGAAAUUACACUCGCUGUAUCACGCAAUGGAACGUCGAUAACAUUCUGGGAACUAUUGCAGUGUGCGCUUCUAAAUCAGGACCUUGCAUCGACCCCGAAUUCGCAGGAACCGUCUAUAUCCGCCUGUGUCGCCUGAUGGGUGUCCUCUUGGGUAUCCACCGUCAGAAGCUUGGAGGCCGAUUCCACCUCAUUCUGCCUGUUGUCGAACGACUGCUGGACUGUUUGUUCGCUCGUUCCAAGAAACGCAGUCGAUCCAUGCUUCAUGAAAAGAAACUCGGCCAACAACCAUACUGGCUUGCUCCUUUGCAAGCCUCGCACGCAGUUCACUUCACCCGUCUCCUCACGUCAUUGUGCGACCCAACCGUAUCCGCAGUCUCGAGACCGACACAGUCCGCAGGUGGUUAUGAAGGGUUGACCGAUCAGACCAAGAAAGCCAAGCGGAUCGCAGGACAGUACCUCCAGUACCUGAUAAUGGAGUAUACGCAGAGUUCCCUGCGCGGCACACUCGCUCCCGAAGUGAAGGCCGCAAUUGUCCCUGGUCUCUACGCAGUCUUGGAUGUGAUGUCGCGCGAGACGAUGCGUGCCAUGAACGCAGGACUGGACGUGUCUGGCCGGGCGGUGUUCAAGGCGCUGUACGAUGAUUAUGUGAAGUUUGGUAAGUGGAAUAAGGGCUAGACGAUUGCAUAAAUUCGGUGGUUGGCAUGGCGGGAUGUAGAUUGCAUAUAGACAUUUCUUCUGUACUUAGUUCAACGGGUGCUGUGCUUUGCGCGCACCACG